AUGUUUCAUCAUGAUGGAUUUGAACUUGCUAAGCUGGAAGAAAUUGCUGCUGUUGAACACCGUCUGCAUGCUUUCAAGAGUUCAGAGUCUGGAAGGGAUGCAAUUUUGAGGCUCCACAAUGUGGUCGGUAAUGCUGUCACAAAAGAUAAGUUCUUAGUAUUAGGGACAGGUUCUUCUCAACUCUACCAAGCUCUUCUAUAUGCACUAUCUCCUUCAGAAUCCUCUCAUCGUCCCAUCAAUGUUGUUGCUGCUGCUCCUUAUUAUUCGGAAUACAAAGACGCAACUGAUAUCUUGCAAUCAAGGUUAUUUCAAUGGACCGGUGAUGCUGCUCUGUAUGAUAAAGAUGAACCUUACAUAGAGGUUGUGACCUCCCCAAACAACCCUGAUGGGACUCUUCGUGUACCGGUAGUGAACUCUCGAGUUGAAGGGAAAAUCAUUUAUGACUUGGCCUAUUACUGGCCGCAAUACACUCCCAUUACUGAUCAGCUUGACCAUGAUGUUAUGGUCUUCACAUUCUCCAAAUGCACCGGUCAUGCUGGUUCGCGUAUCGGGUGGGCAUUUGUAAAGGACAUUGAAGUUGCUAAAAAGAUGAUAAGAUUCACACAGUUAAACUCCAUUGGCGUGUCAAGAGAAUCCCAAAUUCGAGCUGCUAAGAUGAUUGGAGUGAUUUGUGAUGGUUACAAAAAUUUAAAGUCCAUUGAAUCUGAUCACCUCUUUUUUGAUUAUAGCAAAAGACUCAUGAAAGAAAGGUGGGAGAAAUUUAAGACAGCUAUUGAGAAAAGCAAGGUUUUUACCUUGACCAAAUACCCAACUUCCUAUUGUCACUUCAACAAGGACUUAUCUGAGCAAUAG